GUCAUCGCGCGUCUAAUGCAUUACGCGUCCUGAAUUGUGUAGCAAGGUGCAAACCUUCCUGGGUCCAUAUUACGGCGUUGAAAAGAUAGCGUGUAUAUUAUUCAAUAUAUAAUACAUAUCUAUUAUAUCGGAAUUUGGGCUGUUUGUAACAUUUGCUCAUAUUAUGCAGCAAGAUGUAUCGUAUGAAGAUUCCUAAUGCCCUGGUUGUUGUUGCAACCUUUUUUGCCUUUUUAGGUCGUUUGGAUACAGUUUCCGCUGGCGUCGGGAGUGUUGCAAAAUGCAGCGGUCAGCAAGUGAUUUACAUUGAGGAUGAAGGUCCUCUGGAGAUAAAAUGCACGAAGGACCAAAACCUCCAUUUGGUUGAUGCUUACGGCAUCUGUACUGAAGAGUUCGUCAAACACAACCGUGAUGCUACCAAAUGCGAUCGUAGUUAUGAGCUCGAUUAUGGUUUUAAAAACUACUGCCAGACUGUUUUUGAGAAGGGUGAGCCCUGCGUGUUAGGCGUUAACCUCAAAGAAUCCCAUCCCAGUCGAUUCGUCGUUGGUGAGAAUUUGUACUGCAAGGAGGGUGUUGUCUUUGUUGGUCUUUACCACUGUUGUGACAAGGUUCGUACUGACAUAGCCCCUGGUGAGGAGGUUACCUUAACCGAGAAGAAGCAAGGUAACAUUACGCCUCGUUGCCCUCCUGGUAAGAAGAUUAAUGUAAUCAACUCAGGUCAGCGCGGUAAUAUAUUGUGCAACAAGGGUUUCGUCGCUUCUACUUUGUCAACUACAUCCAGCAUGUGCAACGGAAAGGAGAUGUGCUCCGUUCCUUACAGCAUCAAGCCUAGCCUUAAAUGUGGUACCCAGGGUGCAUCCCACUUUAUUCGCUACACUUGUGUAUGAACACAAAGUCCAGCAUUAACGCAG